UACUAUGACCUUACUUCACAUUUGCAUAGGGAUGUCCCCAGAUGCGGCUGUCAAUGAACAACAAUCUCACCAACAGAUGAUUAUGCACUAAUUACUGUGUGUGCAGCAUCUCACGGCGCUCUCUCUGCAAGUGGUUUACCCUGAAUUCCAGCUUAAUGUCGUGUGCUUUGAUAUGCAUGUCCAAGGAGGCGCCAGGGCAUAAAAACAGAGGUCAUUCAGAUAUCGUGCAUAACACAUUUCUCACAUCCAAUCUACCAUGAACAAAUUUCUCGGACGUAGACAAACCACAUCGUCGGGCCAUACGUCUCCUGAUACCAUGUCUCUUCCUGGUUCUGCCAGCCCUCCAGAUACGGGGAUUGACAUAUCAUCCACUGACUAUGCCCUCAGACGUAGAGAGCUUAUGAAAAUGAUGUCUGACCUGAAGUCCAUGGGUGCCGAGGCGCUCAUCGACUUACCAUCCGUAGUCGUCAUUGGUGGCCAAUCAGCGGGCAAAAGCUCACUCGUUGAAGCUGUUAGUGGGAUCAAUGUCCCGAGAGACAGUGGAACAUGCACAAGAUGCCCUAUGGAAUGUACGAUGUCUAGUCAUGCCACGUCGUGGUCUUGCACUAUCACCUUACGGAUGGGUUUCGACAAUAACGGCAAAGACAUGCCAAAGACUGUCACGGUGCCCUUUGGCCGAACGAUUACCGACAGAAGUGAGGUUGAAGUUUGGCUGCGUCGUGCCCAGGCAGCCAUUCUGAACCCGAAUGUCCCUUCUUCGAGUUUCCACACGAAGACCAUCGAAGAACUCAGGAGCUUAAGGAAUACACUAAAGUUCUCCCGUAACGUGGUGUGCGUCUCGAUUGAAGACCCCGAGGCCACAGACUUGUCGUUCUAUGAUCUACCAGGUUUGAUCCAAAACGAAGAAGCCGAAACUGUUGCCCUCGUGAAAAGUUUGGCGGAACAUUACACCAAGAAAGAGAACACCAUCAUAUUGACCACAAUUCCAAUGAGUGAUGAUAUGGAAAAUCAACAAUCUAUGAGUCUUGCAAGGGCCGCAGACCCCGACGGAAAGCGAACAAUUGGUGUCCUUACAAAGCCUGACACACUCGGCGCCGGUGCUAUCAACCAGCGCCGAAAAUGGGUAGAAAUCAUCGAGGGCCGUUCGGAAGAUCACACAUUGAGACAUGGUUUUUACUGCGUGCGUCUUCCUGAUGAUGCCGAACGGGCACAACGCCUGUCUCGUGCUGAAUCGCAAAGGCGUGCUGCUGAAUAUUUCGACACAACCUCGCCCUGGAAUAGCGUAACCGACCGUCGUCGAUUUGGAAUUCCAGGAUUUGUCUCCGAUGUAAGCCGACUGCUCAUCCAGCUGAUCGAGGAAGCUUUACCGCGCCUCAGAGAAGACAUCGACAAGCUCCUUGCCCAAUGUAACAAGGAAUUCGAUGCAUUGCCCCCGCCACUUGCAAACGACCCACAAAUCGAGGUUUUGGGGCGCGUUAAUGCAUUCUGCGAUGUCUUCAAGGGCUUCGUGAAUGGCAGUCAUGAAGACAAACGUCUUGCGCAGCGGAAUCGUGCACUCUAUGCUAUCUUUAAGAGGGAUAUACGCGGCACUGCUCCUGACUUCAGGCCUUUUGAAAAUCCGGGAGAGUGUCCUCCACUGGAUGACACCGAGGGGAAGAUGACACUUACUGAACGAGAUCCUGGCGUGAAAGUGAUGGGCAUAUAUGACAUCAGCAAAGCCAUCCAAGAGGCAAUUGGAUGGGAGCUUCCAAACAACGUGCCAUAUCAGGCGAAGGCGAACCUUAUCGCUGAAUUCAUCAAACUCUGGGUUGCUCCGUCUGAGCGCUGUCUCGCUGGCAUCAAUGACGUGCUCGAUCAAGUCAUCGACACACUCAUAAGCGUCCAUUUUGGACGUUUCAAAGUCCUUGAGGGUUAUGUUGGCAAUUUGAUAAGAACUCAGGUUGAUAUCUGCAAGGCGCUCGCCAAAGAAGCUGUCAAAACGGCUUUGGAUUUGGAAACUACCCCAUACUAUACCCAAAACACUCACUAUCUUCAAACACUCAGCGAAAAAUGGCUGGCCUACUAUAAGAUAGUUCGGAAACGCAGGACUGAUCGCGCACAGCCUGCACAUCCAGAAACUCUAUAUUAUCGCGGCGAGUCUCCGGAGUCCAAAGCUUUGAGGGCUCUUGCAGAGGCGGGGUACACAGAUAUUAGCGUACCAGAUCUUGCGCGUCUGUUACCUCCCGACUCACGCGAGAAAGAGCUAAUUGUGAUGGCUGAUGUCCGAGCCUAUUAUCACGUCGCCUACAAGCGUAUCAUUGACCAUAUUCCUCUGACGAUUGAGCAUGCUCUCCACCAUGCCCUGGCAGAACAACUGUCACAGAGCCUUCUCACAAGCUUGCUGACCGAUGUUGCGUCUGGGCCCAACUUCUCUGAGCGCAUGAACGAGUUGGUCAGCGAAGACGCUUCCAUUGCUCAGAAACGCGCAUCGCUCUCGACGAGAAAACAGCGUCUAUCAGACAUUCGCCGGAGACUCAUGACUUUUGGUAACAGUACUUGAUCGCUGAGGGGUAACGACGUAUUUUCGUCUGCUAG